AUGCUCAACCACAAAUACACAAUUUCCUUCACAAGUGCCGGCUUAGUAAUCUGUUUCAUCACAAACUUCAUAUUGAUAUACAUCACUUUGUUUCAUAGCAAACGAAUUUAUGGAACUUAUAAAUUGAUGGUCGUAAUGUUUUCAGCACUGGGAUUUUUAUUCUCCGUUUCCGAAUUUAUCGCAAGACCAUUCACUUUGAACUAUAACAGAGCUGUGAUUUUGUUCAGUAUUAAUGAUUGGAUUCUCUCGAAGAACUUCCUAAGCAUUGCACUUUCAUUUUGGAUCACAUUUUAUCUUUUGAUAAUAUCACUCGUUGGAGUCCAAUUUGUAUAUCGCUACCUAUACAUUUUCCAUUCCACGAAACUGUGGUAUUUUGAUGGGGUUGGGAGAGCGCUCUGGAUUUCUUACUUGUUGAUUCCUACUAUAGUUUAUAGCGUUGCAUUUAAUCAGAUAUUUACACCCACCAAUGCUUCCGAUGAUUAUUUGAGAGAAGUUAUUCGAAAAAACUUUGACUUUGAAAUUUCAUCAGUCGCACGAUUUAUCAUGAUGCCUUAUAAUGAAAACAAUACCAUCCAAUGGAAAGCCCUUUCACUUCUCAUAUCAGCGGGAAUUCUAAUUUGUUUCCAAUAUUUCAUUUUUGUAUUUUUCGGCCUCAAAAUAUAUUUUAAUAUGAAGCUUAGACUGAAAAGUUUCUCAGCUUGCCAGGAAAAAUUCCAAUCGCAGUUGUUCAAAGCGCUCGUUGCUCAAACCAUUGGCCCCACAAUAUUUCUGAUUUUGCCUUCUGCGCCAUUCUUUGUGACAACUCUACUAUCGCCAUAUACCAAUAUGGAGAUUAAUUGGCAAACCGGGUGGUUGUGUUCGUUUUUUGAAUUGUAUCCAAUAUCUGAUAAUAUCGCAUUUAUGUUGAUUGUUUCCGAGUACCGAAAUUAUAUUAAAAGUAAAUUGGUCUGCAAAACUAGAAGAGAGGUCGGCAGCAAGAUUUCAAUUCGAGCAACUCAAUUCAUUGCAAACGCUUCAGAUACAUAA